AUGGCUACGAUUCCACCUCAACAUGCUUUCAAAAGAUCUUUAAACCUCAAGAGAUUGACAAUAGGUGGUGCAGAAUUGUAUGUCUGCCCAGCAAAGAGCUGGCGUUUUGGGACAGCAAUAACAGCCUCCGUCGAAAACACCACCGCAAAUUUCAUGGACGCAUACAGACAUAUCGAUUUUGUUCGAUCUUUCUAA